UUAGCCACAUGAUGUCGCUGUAUACCACAAAGUCUUGUCAAAAACUAAAGAGGAAAGCUCCAUUUUGUCACAGCCUGAGAGAAGACAAAAACGGCCGGGAGAUAUAUUAUUCUAGAUAUAAAGUAAAGAGAGUAUGACUUUGAAGUGAGUGAGAGGUACCAAAUUUGUAGUGGUUUUGCGAUGCUGUUUCCCAGGCAAGAAGGCAAGGGAACCCUGCGUUUGCUGCUCUGCGUUCUGCUCCUCGCAGCCUGGAAGACUGGAAGUGGUCAGGUCCACUAUUCGGUCCCGGAGGAGGCCAAACACGGCACCUUCGUGGGCCGCAUCGCCCAGGAUUUGGGGCUGGAGCUGACGGAGCUGGUGCCACGCCUGUUCCGGGUGGCGUCCAAAGGCCACGGGGACCUUCUGGAGGUAAAUCUGCAGAAUGGCAUUUUGUUUGUGAAUUCUCGGAUCGACCGGGAAGAGCUGUGCGGGCAGAAUCUGGAGUGUAGCAUCCACCUGGAGGUGAUCGUGGACAAGCCGCUGCAGGUUUUCCAUGUGGUGGUGGAGGUGAAGGACAUUAAUGAUAACCCACCGGUUUUCAGAGCAAGAGAACAAAGGUUUUUUAUUCCUGAAUCUAGACUGGUGGAUUCACGUUUCCCGAUAGAGGGCGCUGCUGAUGAAGACAUUGGUACCAACGCUCUUUUAACUUACACCCUCAGCCCCAGUGAUUAUUUCUCUUUGGAUGUACAGGCAAGUGAUGAACUCAGUAAGUCACUUUCACUUGAAUUGAGGAAGUCUUUGGAUAGAGAAGAAACACCAGAACUUCAUUUAUUAUUGACAGCCACUGAUGGGGGCAAGCCAGAGCUGGAAGGUACAGUUCAGCUGCUGAUCACAGUGCUGGAUGUUAAUGAUAAUGCCCCAUUGUUUGCCCAGGCUGGGUACAGAGUCCAUUUAUUAGAGAGUACAGCAAAUGGAACAUUAGUGACUACAUUAAAUGCCUCUGAUGUCGAUGAAGGUGUAAAUGGCGAAAUUGUUUUUUCCUUUGGCAGUGAUGUUCCUCUAAACAUUCAAAAAAACUUCAAAAUUGAUUCCAGCUCAGGAGAAAUUAGACUAAUUGGUAGACUGGAUUAUGAAGAAACGAAAUCCUAUGAAAUUCAGGUAAAAGCAGUUGAUAAAGGAAAUCCUCCAAUGUCGAAUCACUGCAAAGUUUUAGUGAAAGUGCUGGAUGUAAAUGACAAUGCUCCACAACUGGCAAUCACACCUCUGUCUUUGCCGGUCCGAGAGGACUCUCCACUAGGCACCGUCAUCGCCUUUGUCUCCGUGUCCGACCGUGACUCUGGUGUCUACGGGCAGGUGACCUGCUCUCUGAUGCCUCCUAUCCCAUUCAAGCUGGUGUCCACCUUCAAGAACUACUAUUCACUGGUGCUGGACAGCGCCUUGGAUCGCGAGAGCGUGUCGAACUAUGAUUUAUUACUGACUGCAACUGAUGGAGGAAAACCUGAACUAACAGGUACAGUUCAAUUAUUGAUUAACGUAUUGGAUGCGAAUGAUAAUGCCCCCAAAUUUGAUAAAUCAGUUUAUAAUAUCAGAUUAUUAGAAAAUGCACCAAAUGGGACAUUAGUUAUUAAACUGAACGCCUCGGAUGCAGAUGACGGCAUUAAUAAGGAAAUAGUAUAUCUCUUUAGUGAUCUUGUUCUUGACAAUGUCAAAUCUAAAUUUAAAAUCGAUUCGAAUAGUGGGGAAAUAACAGUUAAGGGAGAACUGGAUUACGAAGACUGUAAUUUAUAUGAAAUUAAUAUUGAUGCUGUAGAUAGAAGUCCAUUCCCAUUAACUGGACACUGCAAAGUAAUAGUAAAACUCCUGGAUGAGAAUGAUAAUACCCCAGAGAUGGCCAUAACCUCCAUAUCUCUGCCAGUACAAGAAAACGCUUCAGUGGGGGCCGUCAUCGCCCUGAUCAGUCUGUCUGACCGCGACUCCGGUCUCAAUGGGCAGGUGACCUGCACCCUGUCGCCCCACGUUCCCUUCAAGCUGGUGUCCACCUUCAAGAACUACUAUUCGCUGGGCGCGCCCAAGACCGACCUCAUGGCCUUCAGUCCUAGUCAUCCACCCUGUCUGGUAGUGGGGGAUAUGAGCGAGCAACAGGAUUUAAAUGAUGAGCAUUGUGCCAAGCUCUUUAAGGUGUAA